AUGUCGCUAUACCUCGACCCCCAGAUUCGGGACUGGGUUCUAUUCCCAAUCACACUAGUCAUGAUCUUGGUCGGUAUCCUGAGGCACUACGUCGUCCUAUUGUUGCAGUCGACACCAAAAAAGCUAUCUCGAGCAGCCAUUCGUGAACAACGCGCCCUGGUGCAGUCGCAAGUCCUUCGGGCGACAUCUGCAAACUCUCCUCUUCCAUUUACAUACUACAAAGCUAUCUCACAAAACCUCACAAAUGCGUAUGCAGACGGAAGAUACCUGAAGGACGGUCCUCCGAAGAAAGGCGACGCACCUUCCGCCCCUCCCAACCCUCUCACGGAUCCUGCUGCUAUGGAUGGGAUGAUGGCUGGCAUGAAGACACAAAUGGUCAUGAUGGUUCCCCAGAUGGUCAUCAUGGGCUGGAUCAACUUCUUCUUCCAAGGCUUUGUAUUAAUCAAGCUUCCAUUCCCGCUCACUCUAGGAUUUAAGUCUAUGCUCCAACGCGGCAUCGAGACCCCAGACAUGGAUGUCAGAUGGGUUUCUUCGCUAUCGUGGUAUUUCCUCAAUUUCUUUGGCCUGAACGGCUUGUACCGCAUCAUUCUUGGGGGAGAUAACUCUGCCGAUGCCUCGCGCGACAUGGCCGCAUCGCCGUUCAGUGCAGUGGCGCAGCAGCCAGGGCAGCCACAAGACUUCAAUAAAUUAUUUCAAGCCGAGCGAGAUAAUCUAGAGUUCGCAGAAGGCCUACACAAAUGGGCCGGCAGUGAGGUAGAGAACCGAGUACUUCGCAAAUAUGGCAGAAUACCUCCCAAGCAGUCAUAA